CUUACUCCAUGGCCAAGAAGUGAUGAUUGUCAAAAGGAAUUGGGGGCGAUUGAGAAGACGCGAGAGGAGCUCUCCAAUAUCGAGCAGAAAUUAAGAAGAGUUUUGGACGCGACAUCCACACUAGACCGGGAGCUGGGCCAUCGCCAUAGCACUGUUGCCCGACUUCUUAAGGAUCGAGCACGCGAUGGGUAGAGGGCAGGACCAGGCUGUGUCUACAUGAGCACAGGAGAUAUGGAACAGGGUAGUACCCUGGAGGCCCUGGUUCAGGAGACAACUGGGGAUUCAGCUUCAGCUCAAGACAAUGGGGCCCCUUUGCUUGUAGCUCGAACGAUGCACGGGGUUGAGCCAGCCGCUCAGCUGAAGCCGAUUGCUGAUGGCCCGCAGGAAACACCAAAUCUGGCUUCUGCUGAGAGCGAGGGAUUCAGUGGGAUUGAACCGGUAGGCCGAGAGGCUGACCUUCAAAAGCCUGCCUCACAUACCGAGCCCUUUAUUCAAUGCCUUAGCGAUGUGCUCGAUGAUCUAGAAUCCAAGGAUGUGAUGUGCUGGUCGCAGGAUGGUCAUUCUUUCUCAAUUCUCGCGGAGAAUGAUCUACCUGCCGAGUUGCUUGACAGAUUUGGGACGGAAUGCCUUCAGUCUUUGGUUCGGCGAUUAUAUUACUAUGGAUUCCAUAAAGUUGGUGGGACCUGGAGACACGACCUAUUUGCUCGAGGCGUAUCGAGUUCCAUCUGCCCAGGUCGGCGGAGCAGCAAUUCCCCCUUGACUGACAUUAGGCACGGACUCGGACCUCGGUACAAGAUCAUCCAGAGACGCAGAGGCCGUAAAAGACAUGGGCAACUCGGUAUUGGUGUUCCUCGAAGAGUUCACAUUGCCUGCUGAACUGGGCAGUUUUGAGCUAGUACUCUCAACAUGAUUAGCUGAACUUGCCUGGCCCAAGUAUUUAUGGUCAAAUGGAGUGCAGAGUCGGGUGACAUAAAAUUAAAUGCUAGCAAACAUCAAGAAUUACUGAGAAUAAUCACAGCUUGUAGUCUUUUGGGUGGGUC